CGUCUUUACUAAUUGAAUUUAUUUAUUAUUCUUUUGAUUAUUUUGGUUUUUUAUUUUCCCUUUGGCCGUUUGUCUGUGCGUGAUUUAGUGUGAUAUUUGCUUGUUUGAUUGACAAAAAUUUGCGUUCGAAUGUGCAUAGAGGGUGGAUGGGAUUUAGUAUCUUGUGCUUGCACGAGAGUAGGUGAGUAGCAAGUGAGAAAUGGAAACACGAGUGUGCGCUACCGGUAGCGUCUCAGGUACUGAAGGAUCAACGAGAGGCGUCGCGACGCCCUCACCUGUACCACCACUACCACCACCGACAACAACAAUAACAAUAACAUCAACAACAACAACAACAUCAUCAUCAUCAUUAUCAUCAACAACUCCUUCAAUAUCUUGUGUGGGAAGCGUCGGGAUAGCCGCAGUUGCAGCCGCAGCAGCAUUAAGUUCCGGUUCCAUGAGCCAAAGUCCUGUAGUUGUGCUUCCAAGUCCACCAACAGUUGCCACAACACAUCCACCAACACUUCCGAAAAUUCUAAGUCGAAAUGCCAAUGGAACACUUGUCCAAACUUCAGUACCACAAAAUGAAGCCGAAUUGCAGCUUUACAGGGUAAUGCAACGUGCUUCACUUUUAGGAUAUUAUGAUACACUUUUAGAAAUGGGCGGGGAUGAUGUCCAACAACUCUGUGAUGCUGGUGAAGAAGAGUUUUUAGAGAUUAUGGCGCUAGUUGGUAUGGCAAGUAAACCUUUACAUGUAAGACGUCUCCAAAAGGCUCUCCAAGAGUGGAUCACUAAUCCGUCUUUGUUUCAAACACCUGUAGUGCCAACAAACGCCACAACCUGUAAGAACUCAACUACGGUAACAUUUGCAGCCGCAAGUCCAAGAACUCAUCAAUCAACUCCGAAUCUUUUCCCUUCAGUAUUACACAAUACUAGCCCUACAACACCAUUUUCUACCACCCACGUAUCAUUAACUCCCUUAUCUUGUAGAAGUGUAAGCCCCAUAGCUCCAGUAACAAAUGUUAUUGCACCAGCUGCAACUUCUAGUUUUCGACAAAGUCCAAGUCCCAAUACUCCAAUAACCUAUUCUACUUCUCAUAGUCCGGGAAUUCUUCAGGUUGGCACUUGUGAAUCUUCUUGUGGAAGUGGAACUACACCGAGUCCUAGUGGUGGUGGUGGUGCUCCUUCAAGUCCAACACAAACAACUCCUACUCUUCUUUCAUCGCAGGUGCAGCGACUUGCAGAAGCAGCUGAACGUCUUGCUUGCAAUCUUCGACCAUUGGAUCCAAAGCCUCAUAAUGUUAAGAAGAAAAUUUGCAAGAACCUCGAGAUGGUGAUGGCUAUGCCGGACACCGACCCAAGAAGAAUGGAAGAAAUCAGAAAAUAUGCGGCGAUUUAUGGCAGAUUUGAUUGUAAGAGAAAGCCAGAGAAACCAUUAACACUUCAUGAAGUAUCUGUCAAUGAAGCUGCUGCACAGAUAUGUCGAUUUGUUCCUGCCUUACUAACACGAAGAGACGAGUUAUUUCCAUUAGCUCGUCGUGUUGUUCGAGACUCGGGCUAUCAUUACUCCAAAAGUCAAUUCUUGUCAAUGACAAAGCCACGAGGUGAGAACGGUGAUGAUGGAGAGGAAAAAACAAAACGUCAACAUUUGGAUCAGGAGGCUGAGGGUGAGGACACAUCCCAGGCCGAGUUGGAUCUACGCUGUACUGGGACGGAUAUCAACAAUAUCCUAAGAAGACAUGGAUCAUCAAGUCCAGUCUGGAGGAAGAAGAGUAACAACGGAGUAUUUGCAACAAAUAUCGAGGAAGUCAGCGAUACAGAUAGUCAAUUUUCAUUUUCUAAUGAAGAAUCUUCGUCUUUACAUGAUGUAAAUGAACUAGAAGCUGACAAUACGGACAAAGAAAGUGAUUUUAAUUUGAAAGUAAUUGCUUCACGAGGAGAUAAUAUAAUUGCAGUUGCAAAUCCUGCAUUAAUGGAAUGUAAUCAUCCAACAAUAAAAAAAGAACCUGAGGACGAAAAGUCAACAUUGUGAUAUUACUUAAUAAAAAUUGUUAAAUGACA